AAGGCGUUGGCGAUUUCAUCAAGUGUGGUUAAAUUAACAUUUGUGAUCUAUUUUAUGGCGAAAAUUCCCGUGAAUAUCAAAUAAUAUUCAACCUAAACACGCGCUUGAGUGAUAGAAAGUUUUUAUUGUAUUAAUUAUUGAAAUUAUAUGUAUUAUUACAUUUGGCAGCAGUUUUCAUACUCUGAAAAUGUUUACUAUAUUUUACAUGAAAAAAUUCAUUUCUUGAAUAUUUAAAUAAAUUUAAUCCACGCAUUCAUGGAUUCAAUUAUUUACAUUUGUCAAUAAGCCAAUUGAAUUAUCUCCGAUUGAGAAAUGCAUAUGAUAAAGCCGGACGGUGACAGACUAAAUAAAAAAAUUCCAUCAGGCAUGUCAAAUAAUCAGAUGGUUGACUCAUGUCUGCUUGUAAAUCGAAGAAUAGAGCAGAGACAAGAGCACAAUAUAACACGUAUCGAAAUAAAACAGAGUGGCCCAAGUGAGUCAGAUUAUCAUACUAGCAACGGACAACCGGAAACCCAUUCCGUGCACUCAUCUCAGUUAUCAGUACAAGAUGAUCCCUUAGGCGUGAGAGGGCAUAAUCAACAAACAUCUCAACAUAUGACGUCUGUUACUAAAGUUAUUCGAGAAGUAUCACACGUAGCUUCAGAAGCAGGAGGAGUUAAUUAUAUUCCCGUACCAUUAAUGUCACAAGACUAUUCUCAUGGAAACCCUUGCUACGCGGCAGAUCCAUAUAUGGUGAAUUUUGAACACUAUGAUCCUUACGUUGGAUAUAAUUCUCAGUCAGAUUAUCCACCACAUAGCACAUAUGCAUCGGAUUCACGUUCACCCCAUAGUCCACACAGUCCAUCGGAACAUAGCCGUACAACACCACCGCAUGAAUACAUGCGAAAAGGAUCUACAUAUGUCGACGGCGGAUACAAUGAUAUGGGACCUGUACUUAAUCCCACGUUACAAGAUCAUUAUCGAAUAACACCAAGUCCAGGUGGUCCAGGUGACCAGUAUGACGAAAAUAAAUUGGCGUAUGGUUAUGUAUCAUCAUCGCCCUAUGGACCAGUAUCUUAUGGGCCCAAUAUUGGAGUCGUACCAGUACCAUUAGUAAGUGACGGGCCGUCUUACGAUGACUCUCAUCCUGUUACACUGCCUGGAAACUUAGCUCCAGGAAUAUUUGAAGAUGAUGUGCAUCUUCAGCGACUACAAACUCGUCACUCAGUACCGGGGAUAGUUAGCCCUUUGGGUGAUGAUCCAAAGUCAAUGCGUUGGAGAGAUCCAAACCUAUCAGAAGUUAUCGGUUUUCUAAGUAAUCUAAACAACGUAAUAAAAGCUAAUGCUGCUGCAUAUCUUCAACAUCUUUGUUACAUGGAUGAUCCGAACAAACAAAAAACACGAAACUUGGGUGGCAUUCCUCCAUUAGUGCAGUUAUUAGAUAAUGAAAGCCCUGAUGUAUACCGAAACGCAUGUGGGGCAUUACGAAAUCUGUCAUAUGGCCGUCAAAAUGAUGAAAAUAAACGUGCCAUUAAGAAUGCCGGUGGUGUACCAGCGCUAAUUAGUUUAUUACGCAAAACUUCCGAUGCAGAAAUAAAGGAAUUAGUGACAGGCGUACUUUGGAAUUUAUCAUCAUGUGAAGAUUUAAAGAAAGCGAUUAUUGAUGAUGGUGUUACUCUUGUAGUUAAUAACAUUAUUAUUCCUCACAGUGGAUGGGAUCCGAGUGCUUCCAAUGGCGAAACUUGUUGGUCAACAGUAUUUAGAAACGCAUCUGGAGUCCUAAGAAAUAUAUCUAGUGCUGGUGAAUAUGCACGGAAAAAAUUACGUGAAUGUGACGGUCUCGUCGAUGCUCUUUUAUAUGUCGUACGAUGUGCAAUUGAAAAAUCAAAUAUCGGAAAUAAAAUCGUCGAAAAUUGUGUCUGUAUUUUAAGAAACUUAAGCUAUCGAUGUCAAGAAGUUGAAGAUCCUAAUUAUGAUAAGCAUCCAAUCCAGUCGAUUGUCCAGAAUCGUAUAACAGCUCCUGUAAAAGGUGAAAACUUGGGUUGUUUUGGUGGAAGUAAAAGAAGAAAAGAUGGGCAACCACCACAAAAGGAAGUAACAACAUCCAAGUCAGUCAGCGCUCGAACUGAACCGAUUAAAGGAAUGGAACUUUUAUGGCAACCUGAAGUAGUUCAAUGUUAUCUCAGUCUCUUACAAACUUGCUCAAAUCCUGAAACCUUAGAGGCAGCUGCUGGAGCUCUACAAAAUCUUGCUGCAUGUUAUUGGCAACCAAGUAUUGAGAUCCGUGCAGCUGUAAGAAAAGAAAAAGGCCUACCAAUUUUAGUUGAGUUACUGCGAAUGGAGGUCGAUCGUGUAGUAUGUGCAGUAGCCACUGCUCUUAGAAACCUUGCUAUUGAUCAACGUAAUAAAGAAUUAAUUGGAAAAUAUGCUAUGAGAGAUUUGAUUCAAAAACUACCAUCUGGCAAUAAUCAGCAUGAUCAAGGAACAAGUGAUGAUACAAUCGCUGCUGUACUUGCAACAUUGAAUGAAGUUAUUAAACGAAACGCUGAAUUUUCAAGAUCACUAUUGGAUGCCGGUGGCGUUGAAAGAUUGAUGAAUAUUACAAAGCAGCGUCAAAAAUACACUGCUCGUGUUUUGAAAUUCGCUGGUCAAGUAUUAUUUACAAUGUGGCAGCAUACUGAGUUACGAGAAGUCUAUAAGAAACAUGGCUGGAAGGAAGCUGACUUUGUAACUAAAACCGUUGCAGCGCGGAAUUCAGGGCUUAAUUCUCCAAGUAAUGCUAACAGUUAUGAUUUCAGCACAUUAAACCGACCAAUGGCGAGCCAGGGAAGUACAAGAUAUGAAGAUCGAACUAUGCAAAGAUCAAAUGUCAAUUCAAAUAAUGUUGGGUGGCAAGCAGCUUAUCAACCGGGCUAAUUGACUGUUAACAACUUUUAAUGCUGAUCGAUGUAUUGUGUAGUAAUUUGCGACUUGAAAAUUUAAUCGCAGGAAGAGAAACUUCACAUUCAUAAAAUAUGGACUGAAUAAAUAAAAUUAAUAAUUAAUAGAUCCGAAAAAUAUAUAAAACUUGAUAAAUGAAAUUUUUUUAUUAUUUAUAUUAUAAUUAUAAUUUUAAUAAAUAUAACCAAUUUGUAGUAUUAUUAUAAGAAUAGCUAAAUAGGUCGGACUAGUAAUAUCAUAACUUAACAUUACAAUUUUUUAAUUAUUUAUUAUAAAAUACUUUAAAUCUUAAAAAAUUGAUUGAUUGUAAAUCGAACUUAAAUGAGAUUUUCGUAGGAAAACCAAAUAACCGGAACAAUUAUUUGACAUAAACUCAUAAACAUUGUAUAAUAAUUCGCGUAUCAAGUAUUCAAAAUACAUUUCUAAACGUCCUAAUGGUAAUUAUAAUAUGCGCAUGAAUAUGUAAACACAAUUAUUAUUAUUAUCAUUAUUAUUAUUAUUAUUAUUAUUUUCUUACUAAUAUUUAUUUGUUUAAUUAUAAAUCAAAUAAAUAAAUAUUAUUGUUAUUGCUAGAGUUGUAUAUAAGUAUUCGCAACAUGAGAAAAGUUUUUAUUAGUAUUAUACUGUAAGCACACUAUUUUUUUGUUUAAUUUUUUUGUUACCUUAAAGUACUAAUGAUAUAUCCAGUUAAAAAUAAACGUUACAGUAAAUAAUAAUAACAAAUACAAGAAAGUAAUUGAUAUUUACGAAAUAUUUAGGAAACAUUUUUAAAAAUUAACUCCCAGUUAAAAAAGUAGGUCCAACAAGAUGUUUUGAGAUUCAAUUGAAGAAAUAUUAUAUACAAAUAUAAAAAACAAAAUAUCCGAUAAAAUUAAUUAUUGUUUUCGACAAUGUUUCUACUAAAAGUAAAUUGUGUAUUGUUUUAUAACUUUAAAAAGAAUAUCGAACUGAUACUGGCACUUACAUUUACAAUUUUAUGAGCUUAAGACAAUUCUUACAUGGCAACUAUUAAAAUAACCAAUACAUCAAUCAAUCAAGUCAAAACUGUAAAAACAUAUAUUAUUAUAGAAUAAAUAAAAUGAUUCAUAGUCAUCAAUAUGUAGAUUCAUAAAUACCGCUUUUUCACUCGAUCAAAUAUUACUAAACAUUUAAUAUUUAAUUUUUCUUACAUUGUUUUAUACAAUCGCAAUUUCUUUAAUGAUCAAUUAGUUGGUAAUAAUCAUAUUUAAUAACUGUAAAGCAAUAUAUAAAAUCCAGCGUUUCAUUUUUAGGCAAUAUUUAUUUCUGUCUUGUUUUACUGGCAAAACUGAUGACAUAAUUUAUAGAAAAAACAAUAUAAU